UCGCACACAUCUCGCGUUUGUUUUGCGGUUAGCCGUGGCAACCAGACGUGUCUUUUCAUCGCUCUGCUUAGUAAGUAGUUGCAGAAACAGAAACCAACUCAAAUCAAACAUAUCAAAAUCUUUUAAUUCCUAAUUCUUGCGAAAGCUGCGAUAUGAAACCAACAGAAGUUUAAAUUUGAUCCCAUAGUACCUGCAAUAACCUAUGGAAGAACAAAUAAUUUCUCGAAACCCAUUUUCUAGAACACGGCUUCCAGUUUCUUCUACUCUCCCAAUGCUUGGUGGCGUUUUGAAGAUAAAAUGUCACAAAGUUGUGGUUUUUUGUUGUUCACUCAUAUCGGUCAUCAUAAUUUUCCAUUAUUUUAAGAGCAACAAUAAUAGCUAUCCUCCCAAUGGAUUCCUGGAGUCAGUCGAAGAUACAUACCGCCAUUACCGUGGGAGCAGGAAACGUAUCAACCCGCUUGACUUCACCUACACAAUUCCAGGUGAGAAAAUCUGUGGACACAGAUCUCCCUUCUUGCUCAUCUUCGUCGUGUCCCUGCACACGCGACGAUCCCAGCGAGACGCAAUCCGCUCCACGUGGGGCAGCGUAUCGAUCGGAAAACCGUGGCCAAGAAGCCAAUAUGGAAAUCAACCGUCAAACCCGCCUCCUAAUCUCUUCACGAAAGUUGUCUUCCUCUUCGGGUAUCACCCCAACGACACACACAAUCGAGAGCUACUUCACGAAAGUGCUCAGCACAACGAUGUCGUACAGGCGAACUUUACCGAAAGUUACCGAAAUUUAACUCGUAAAGUCCUCAUGGGGUUGAAAUGGGCUCGUCAAUACUGCCCCCAAGCCAAGUUUGUUAUGAAAAUUGAUGAUGACACUUUUGUCAAUGUACCAAUGGUGUUUGACUAUCUCCUGUCUAAAGACGUUUGGGAAAGAACGAUUAUGGGUUUUAUCAACAUAGACUCCAUACCGUUUCGGUUGUACACAAAAUGGCAAGUUAGCUGGAGUGAAUAUCCAUAUAUGCGAUACCCAAUCUACACUUCCGGUAAUAUCUAUGUGUUUCUCUUCAGGACUUCCUGUUUGUUGUUAGACGUGGCGGAAUAUAUUCCUUAUGUGUCUAUGGAGGACGUUUACAUCACAGGGAUUCUAGCAGAAGUAAUUCACGCUAAACAUCGAUUAAUUCCACUGAAAUGGUAUUCUCCAUAUAAGACAGCUUCCCCGUGUGAGUUAGCCACCAACAAGAAAAUGGCGAGUCAAAUGAUAACAGCCAAAUUACAUUACUUGGUAUGGAAGGCAAUGCAGGAAAAAAUUUGUGAUUGAUAUGAUUAUGUACAUAAUGAUUGUUUAUAAAUAUGUAUGUAUAUGAUAUGUGGGAACGGCUGUUUAUGUAUAUAUAUCAAUAUAUAUGUAUAUUAAUGUAUUGGAAUGUAUAUGCCUGUAUUUCUAUAUAUACGCGUGCACAUGAUAUAAAUAUAUGCAACACAAGAAUAAAGCGAGUUAGAAGCUAUAAAAAAAAUCAUUUGGUGAAGAGUACAUACCUAUGCACAUGCAUGCAUAUAUGUGUAUAUGUGUGUGUGUGUGUGUGCGUGUGUGUGUGUGUGUAUUUAUGUAUGUAUGUAUGUAUUAUGCAUGUAUAUAUGCGUGCGUGUGUAUGUAAGUAUGUAUGUAUAUUUGUAUGUAUGUAUGUACGUGUAUAUUUGAUCAUAGUAAUGUAUAUAUUUGUGAAUGUGCAGGCAUGUAUAAAUGACUGCAAGCAGUGGUUUGUGUGAAUCUAUGUAUAUAUAUGCAUGUGUGUAUUUGUGCAUGUGAUUCGGGCGAAAUUCUAUGCCUGUGCGUGUACAUGAGAAUGUAUGUAAGAAAGAUCUUUAAAAAAAAAAGAAACAAAAGAAAAAUAUAUUUAAUGUAUUCUUAUUCAUAUUAUAUAUUAUUAUCAUUGUUAUUAUUGCAUCGACCAUACCUCAAACAAAUGUGUGGUCUUGUGUGUGUGCAUAUAUAUAUAUAUA